UCUGUCAACAACGCUUAGGUUAAGUUUGUUAUGUAAAUUCAUUUCAAUAUAAAUACAAUUAUUGUUUGCAAUAUAACAAAUUUCAAACCAGUGAUGUAUGGAUUUUAAUUUAAAUCUUUAUUGAAGUAAUUGAGGAAGAAGCAAUGAAGACAAUAGAAGGAAAAGUCGUGGUUUUGGGAUCUCAAGGUGUUGGCAAAACUAGCAUGGUUGUUCGGUACAUUGGGAAGAUGUUCAGCCAUCAUAUAAGUCCUACUAUUGGGGCAUCGUUCUUCACUUGUAAGAUAAAUAUUGAAGACACAAGGAUAAAAUUACAGGUUUGGGACACAGCCGGGCAAGAAAGGUUCCGAUCCAUGGCUCCAAUGUAUUAUCGUAAUGCCAAUGCAGCCAUUUUAGUUUUUGACAUUACACAUUACUACACGUUUACAUCAAUCAAAUCCUGGGUCAAAGAACUCCAAAGGAAUGUGGACGAGCCAUUGGUUCUGUGUAUUGUAGGCAACAAAACAGACUUGGAACAUCAACGUAAAGUAACAAAGGAAGAAGCCAUGCAGUAUUCUCAGUCUAUUGGAGGAACGUACUUUGAGGUGUCAGCACUUAAUGAUCUAGGAAUAGAAGAUGUGUUUCUUAACACUGCUAUGGGUUUGAUCAACCUCAGUAAAGACUCCUUAGUGACUAGCCUAAGGGUGUACGACUCCAAUGAUCGGCCUGAGCCUAACAGUGGUAGAGGUUACGGUACAACCACUAUCUCAGCCCAAGACCACGUAGCUCAUGCCGAGACAGCAAAGUCACCAUUGUGUUGCUGAACCAAGCGAAUCUCCUCUUCUUAUCAUUUGACAUGCUGAUUCGUUGGUCCGCUUAUUCUAAGGUAUUUCGUGAAUUUUGACCAGACUUUCGGAUAGAGAAAUCUGUAUUUAUAUACUAUUCGGAGAAGUUGUUUGGUUGUUUGGUAGGAGAAACAAAAAUGUCUGACUCUAAUUGCCCCAAUCUCUUCCAUAUUGAGUUUGACCAAUUACAAAACUCAGUUUUGUGGUUUGAAAAGAAAAUGGUCAUAAAAUAGAAGGCUAGAAUUAUCUACAAUAAUGUGAUAAGUGCAAUUAUAAUGUAUAGUUUGGUUAGUUUUAUUACUCAUUAAUUGUUCUCUUUCAUACCUUGUGGAUCAAUUAUUCAGAUGGUGAAAAUGAACGAAAUCUUAUUGUUACUGUGUAAUCUCUGUGAGUCUGCAAGAUCUUUGUUGAGUCGAGAUCAAACCGAUUUGUUCACACUUAGUCUACUAGCCAUUCAAUUAACCUUACAAUUCAAUAUCUACAUUGUUACUUUAUUUAUACUUUAUCUGUGAUUUUGUACAUGGCGUUAGCUACACUGUUAGAUUUGCUGUAGUGUUGAGAAUUUUAUAUCAUCUAUUUUUAUUUUUUUAUGAAUGAUCUGACAAUUUUACCCUCGGUAAGAAAGACUUAAUUAUCUUGAAAUUGUGUUUGUCAAAGGAUAUAUUACUAGGCCUAUGUAGUUUAUUGAUUUUUUAAAGAGAUUUAUUUUUUUAUGUGGUGAAAUGUUUGGAGGUUUAAUAUUCUCGAAGAACCAAGAGUACCGGUACUUAUAAGAAUAAGCGCCUACUCUGUCAAAGCAUUCUACUUAAUCCUAGUUUUUUUGGUUUGCUUUAAAAUAAAUUGAUUGCUAUAUUCUGUUUGUUUAAAGCAUCACAUGUGAUGAAAUAUACAUUGUUAAUUGAACAAAACUAUUUUAUCAGGUUAAAAAAAAAACAUUUUUUACUUAAAGUCAUUCCUAUCGCAGUACUUAUAAGAAUGUUUUAUACUGUAAAGUUAUGUGCCUUAGUUUAGUAAUUUUCUAAAGUUUUAUGGAUGAAAUCUUGAUAUUGAAUAUUAUGUAUUACAGUUAAAGAUAUUAUUAACAUUUUAUGACAAGUAAAAUAAGUGAAUUUUGUUUGUAAAUAAAUAGCAAUAGUGUAUUUUGUAUUUCAUACUUAGCUGUAGAUAAUUUAUUUACAGAUUUUAAUAGACAACAUUUUAGAUAUUUUUUAAGCAUGGCUUCGACUGUGACACUUAAUAUUACUAUUGUUGAGCUGGUCUUAGGCACGUGUGGAACACAUUUUUGUCGUACUUCAUAAGCUGUGGCUGAGCAUUAUGUAUAUUUAUUUGUCAAUUUUAAAAUUGCAAGCGUAGACACACUUGCAAUGGCCUCAAUCGAACACAUGAUAUUGAAUCAAAAUUUUGUGAAGUCAAUAAUGGGUGUCCAGCCGACCUAAAAUCGGGAAAAUAGGAAAUUGUAUGUGAAUUCUUAUGACCUGCUACAAAAAGUCUGUGUUUAUACAAACAUUUUGUAUCGGAUGAGGAAAAUUUAGAUUUGGAAUCAUUUGCUAUUGAUAGCAGCCCAUAAUGUUGAGGUUUUAGUAAAAAAAAACGCAAGUUGCCAGGAUCGUAAGAAAUUAUCUAAUUUUUGCUGUGAUUGCUAACGAUUAUCUCGGUUGUUGCCUCGAUCAUGAGAUAUCUUAAAAGUAGUUACCAUAAUCAAUGGUGAUAAUCACAAAUGUUGCCGAAAUUGUGGGAAAUUAUCACGGAUGUUGAUUGUACAAGAUGCUCUUAACGUUGCUUCUAUUAUGGCAUUAAGACUUUUGAAAGUCAAUUUUAAAUUUAGAACUGAUUCAAAACAAAGUAAAUAACAUUAAUUUUAUUAUCAUCAUCGAAUAAGAUGGGGACGCCACCUAGGUGUGUAUUUUUCAUUAGCCAGGACCAUUUAUUAACACGUACGGCGAUCGCAACCCUCACGCGGCCGGGUCAUUACUGACCCAAAACCCGCACUGCAGUGCAUCAAUCUGCUGCUCAAUGCGAGCCUAGCUUCGGUCGAAGCUAUACCACGUUAGCGUGUAGUGUGUGACAUGAUGUUUGUUGUGGUGUAGGUUGGUAGUAAAUUUUCCCGCAAAAUCCCCUUUGGCAAGCUUAGGAAUAUACUUGUUGUAUUGUCUUUCUCCCUCCAAUUGGCAGUACAAUGGGACCGGCUAUGUUCUAAGCAGUGCUGCUAUCUGUGGCUGUUUUAGCGAACUACGUUGACUUGUCGUAACGCAGUACAUCACCACACAUUAUUUGCUAUUCGUCAGACCGAAAUUUGUAAGCCAAUCGCCCGGCAAUCGGGCUUGCUCGAUGCUGUGCCGCACCCGGGAUACGCCCGCCAUUGAUGGGCCGCAGCGAACGCGUUGAGCUUAGUGAUCAAGGACAGCUGGGUUCAGUUUCAAACCAUCAUAAAACUUCACACUUUUCUUAGGAUCGGAUGAUCUUUUGAUUAAAACCACUGAGCUACCCAGCUAAGCAUAUACAGCUAUAUACAGUAUGCAUAUAUAGCUAUAUACAGUACGUAUAUACAGAUUUAUACCCAGAUUUAGACUGUACGUUCUAUAUUGUGUUUAACAAAAUUUGAACUUGGAUUUGAGAUUUUAUAUUCCUUUAUUUUACCAUGAUUAAUGUGAGUGAUUACAGCAACUAACCUAACAUUGAAUUUCAAACUGGUUAUAUAUAAGAAUCUGGAAGUUUAUGAUAAGUAAGUUUGUAAAAUGCAGAAUAAGUUUUUAUUUGGCCAUCGGCACAGAAAACAUACUACUAUAACCCAGAAUGCCAACCGCAUGCAUAGCAACGCUGGUGGCGCUGCCUACGAAUUAACAGGCAAAGCUCUCUCAAAACACUUAAUGCUUUUUACCAUCCGGUUGGCAUUCUGGGUUAUAGUAGUAUGUUUUUUGUGCCAUCAGUCACUUCAAUUUUCAUGGACUUUUGCACCACCUAAGGUUGACUCAUUUUAAUUAUGUAUCAUUGUUCACAAUCAUGCAGAUCACAAUAGUGUUAAUAUUGAUUUUAUGAAGUUAUACUCUUUAGUCUUUUCACUGCUAAUAUCUGCAACUAGCCUACUUUAAAAACUAAGUAGUCUGCUACAUCCAUAAUGUGAUAAAACUUUACCUCUUUUGACUAAAGCUUAAGAAUAUCAAAUGAAUUUAAUACCAUUUAGAACAUUUUAUACAACCAGUAAUAACCUUGUUUGAAUAAUAUAUAAAAACAGUAAGAAACAUUCUAAUAAAGUUGAACACUUUUUUUGUCUUAAAAGACUACAUUUGAUUUAGUUUAUUACUUAAAAAUAUUGUAAAAUCAUAGAUUUACAUGGCAACUUCAACUAGGUGUGAGCAGUGCAAAACUUCAUUUGGACCACUUUAGCUAAGAUAUGAGUGGUAAUGACUAUUGAAUUGUGUUAUUUCUGAACCGCCAAGCUUUAAAUAUUUUAUAAACAAAGUGCCAAAAGACUCAAGUUAGCCAACAAAUCAAAUCAGGGCCAUUUGUUGAUAAAGUUGAAUAUUGUUACACCAUCAGAUCACAGUUUAAGUCUUUUUCUAAAUAACAUUGACUAGAAUAAUAAAAUAUACAAAGGCUGUCCAUAAAUUAAGGUAUCCACCGCGUUCCCUUCAAAUCUAAGCAAUCUAGUUGAAAUGAGGUCAAAGUCGUGUUUCUUGAAGUCCAUAGCCAGUUAACAGAGGAGUUUGGAGGAGGUCUUUGACAUUUGCACAACGUUUGAAUCAGUGGUUGACAUUAAGGGAAUUCUGUGUGGUGUGAAAGAAUGAGAAAGAUUGUCAAACCAAUAACACAGUAUAAGACUAUAUGUCAGCCCUGGAAGUCUGGAACACACCGGUCAGCAAGUAAAGUUUCCUCAAAUUUAAUCACUGUAUCGAUGGAAACCGACAGUUGCUGUCAACUCCCUAAUCCACUUUGCAUUUUUUUUUUUUUAAACACUUUUCUGCAUGUGCAUAUCUAAACGGGCAACCCGGCGACCGUAAUCAACGAGGAAACCCCCACCAAAUUCCUAGAUAUACUUUUCUUUAGAAUGCUAUUUUAAAUUGAUGUAUUUUUGUAACUUUACUUGUUUCCCUCCACAUGAUAUUUACAAUAUUCAUGACAAUGGAUUUUUGAUAUUCCAUUACUUGAUUGUUUUGUGCCAAUCUCGCAAACCUAGCGGACCAAACUGUUGUAUUUAUAAGUUUGAUUUUACUCUUUUAGAGCAAUGUAUUUUUAAAUAUGACCUCACCUCUUUAUAGAUCUUGUUCUGUAAAUAUUUAAGUCACCAAAAUAUUUCAAACAGUGUUUUAUAUUGCAAAAUGAAUUAAUUUAAUUUGUGCCUUGAAUGCUGCCUUGAAAAGUAUUUUUUAGCUUUUGUAAGCAUAUUUCUUAGUAAUCCUAAACCUACUUAAAAUAAACUUUGUAUAGCCUAUGUGGUGUGGAAACUGAAAACGUACCUCUUGUCAGCUAAGUAAAAGUUUCAGUACGACCAAUAUAGGGGAUGAAGAUAAAAAAAUAUUGAAGCUCGAGUUUUUAUCAACUUUUAUAAGUUACCUAAUUUAUCAUUGAACUUGCUGGUAUUGGUUAAAAUAUUGAAUUAAAGUUGUAAAAGGAUGAAACAAAUAAUUUUUUUAGCCUCUGCACGGUCUGAGAAAAGGUACCUCUUGUUGCUCAAUGUUAUUUCGCCAUAACGACAAGAGGUCUCUAACAUUCACUUUAUAAACAGGCUUAAGUCCAAAAAAAGAACAUCCCUUCAUUCUAGCGGAAAUUUAGAUAACCAAAAUAAAGUUCAGUUUAAGGAGAGCAAAAUAUCUCACAAAUGUUGCGGUCCCGUCCAGAGGUAGGUACCUUUUAUUACGUUAUGGAGAAAAAAUAUAGGGUUGAUAAAAGGUAUCUUUUCUAAAAUUAAAUUUUUCGACAUGCUUCGAUAAAACAAUUAUUUUCAUGAAAACUAUGGUGAGUUUAGACAAAAAUUUGUAUUGCCUUAAAAGUGGAUAUUACAAGCUUUCUUUCGAUACCAAAACUGUUGCUUGAAAUAGUAAUAAAAAAGCAACGGUUUUUAUGCGUAUUUGAAAUUUUCACAUGACUUUUUCUCAAAAUGACCCUUUUCCCUAACAAAAUUUCAAAGUCCUAUAACUUUAACAACAACAAAAUCAUAAAUUCAUGGGACUUGCACCAAGUGAUUUGGAAGUUAAUAAGGAAUUAAAAAUAUACAAACUGAAAAUACAAAAUUACCUUUUCCCUUUCCACAUAGUUUAUUUUUAAUAUUGGCAGUUUACUUAUUUCUUGUAUUAGUUUAUUCUUGUCCAUACUUUAAGCUGCGUUGUUUGUGUCACACAAAUGAUUGUGUACACUAAAACAGAACUGUUGUAUAUUUGUGAAUAGUUUUCUGAAAUAUUUCAAUAAAAGUGUGACCAACCUAAAAAUAGUAAGAUAAUACAUAUACUGCAAUAAAAACAUAUUUACCCUAUGACAUAUUAUGUGUAUGUUUGUUUUAGCUGUAGUGCAAUACAAUUUUACAUAGAUUCCAAAUAUUAGUUAAAAUAGUAUUAUUUUAAUUACGCUACUAAUAAUAACUAACCCUGAGGAAUAUUUUUUGGAUAGAUAUUUUGUUCAGUUGCAAAAGUGUAGGCUACAUUGUUAUAUACUUGGAAAACAUGUCUUCCUCCUUUGUUAAAUAGCAAUAGUUAACCAAAAAGUGUUAUUAACACUCUAAUUUCAAACUUAUUGUCUAACUGUGAUACAAAAAUAGUUCAAAUGGUACAGUAAAGCUUGUAGUGUUUUUAAGCGAUAAUAUUCGUCAAAACAAACAAACGUAAUACGUUUAAGUAGUUUGGAUACUGUAAUUAAACUUGUAGUUUCACAGGAAUAGUCCACCCUAUAUCAAUAGCCUACUGUAGUAAGAAUGACAUUGAGUACCAAUUCAACCACUCAAUAUAGGUUUCUUGAAUCUUUAAAUACUAGAAAAGCUUGUUUUUGUACAGUAGGCCUACACACCAGUCAUUUCUAUCGUUACUCUUUAUUUUUGUUGUUAAAGAAUACAAUUUUAGCAGUGACUAUCAGUAUUAAACUGAAUAAAAUUAAA